GAUUGGCUGAUAUGAAAGCGUUACUGACAUUUCUUUAAUAAGUCUAUUCAUUAUAUAAAUUAUAUCAUUACAUAAACGACAUGAAGCGUUCUUAACGAAGAUGUUCCACCACGGAACGCUUUAAAUUUUGUCGAGGAGUAAUGGAAGAAUUGUUUGGAGAAAAAACAAACUCUUCCUUUAUCAGACCCAAUGAUUGCUAAAGUAUCUGAGAUGAUGAGUAAUUAACUAUUAAUUCAAGAUACAAAUGUUGAUGUUGACAAAGACUUACUUGAGGGAGAUUCAUCUCUUAGUCAAAGUGUACUAGUGUGACUGAGAAAUCUAUACAGGCCAUUGAAAGUUAUAUAUUAAAUUAAAAAAAGUGAUUUUUAAUAUAUGUAUGUAUUAUGUGUUAGGCGUGUACAUAAUAAUUCAGACUGGAGAUCUGGUCCAGGUGUGGGGCGAUCUCACUCUUAUGACAGCUUCCGUUUUCAUGCUCUUUACAAACAUCGCUUAUGCUAUUCAGCUCGCUUAUGUUAUUCAAAGAAGGGAGUUGAUCCAAAAAAUUAUUUUUGACGGAGACAAUGAACUGGACGGGCAAAAGACAAAGCUAGCGAUUCAAACAGUUGAAAGACUAUUUUGUCCCGAUCCUGAUCCGGAUCCCGAAGCUGAUCCUAAAACUACACAGAAACAAACAGGCAGACCGCAAAAAAAUGCUUUCUAUGUGUUUUAUAAUAGAUAUCGCAAGGAUACCAUCCGGCUAGUUACAGUCUACUUUUCUGUAGCAUUCUCCAGCGUUUUUGGCAUCACAUUUUCCGGUGAGAAGGAUCAGCUGCCUCUGAGAGCCUGGUACCCCUUUGAUGCAACUAAGAGGCCAGCGUACCAAUGGACUUAUGCUUAUACAAUUUUAUUUUUCAUUGCAUUAAGUAUCAAUGCUGCUGUAAAUUUGUGUUGCGACGUGUUGGUUGCGGCACUCAUCGCUCAGUGCCGCUGCCGACUGCGGCUGAUAGCUCAGUCGUUAAGGACUUUGUGCGAUGACGUCGAUGUCGAUAAAAAGGGUCGCAUAACGGCAGACAGUGAGAAGGUUGUCGGCAGCCGCGUCCGUAGUAUUGUGAUGCGUCACCAGCUCGUGUUGGCGCAGGUGGAGCAACUUCAGCAGUGCUUUUCCGUACCAAUACUGGGGCAGUUCGCUGUCGCCUCCUUUAUAAUAUGCGUGACAGCCUACCAAAUGGCAUUCGUUACAAACUUAUAUCGUCUAAUCUCUAUGGCCUCGUUUGAAAUAGCAGUAACGAUACAAGUGUACAUCUACUGUGUAGCGGGAACAAAUCUCACUAUAGAUAGUGACGAAGUCUCGAGGGCGGCCUACGAGUGUCCCUGGUACGAGUGUCCUGCCUCCAUCCGCCGCCUCCUCCUCGUGAUUAUGGUGAGAUGUAAGCGAGCCACUGUAAUCACUGUGGCUGGAAUCGUGGAAAUAUCGUUGGACACAUUUAUGUCUAUUAUGAAAGCUUCUUACACGUUUUUCACGGUUUUACAAAGCACAGGAGAGUUGUAACCUACAGCAGCUUGUAUUUUGUUAUUAUUUAUUUGAAUUUAGAAUAAUAAACAUCUUAUAAAAGCACCUCUAGGCAAAUAUUGAUAUAUAAAUACAUAUAUGUAUAUUUUUUUUCGGAUAAAAAUUUGAGUGUUUUAAAUAUCAUGGAACUUCUUCAUAAAGUAACUUUUUGAAAAUACAAAUGUUUUUUAUACAUUACUACCGAUCACUGCGAUGAGAAUCUUUUCAUACAGUAAAAAGCUAAGUAAUAAAACAAAAAGCGAAACUUAUAAUGGUAAUGUCAAUGACAGCUUGGAAUACAAAACAAGAAAAAUGAACUCGUUUAAACAAAUAUGAUCUGUAUCUUUAUAUUUCAGCUGACAUCGACUCGCUGCGUAAAAACAUUAACAGAUUUGCAUUCACAAAUUUAACGAGAGACGCUUCCUACAUAUUUUUUGUGUCGACACAAACGUAGUAUAAACUUGCUGAAUUUCAAGAAAGAAAGGCCUCUUUUGGUAAUUGUAGCAAACUUAAACAUUUAUAAAAGCGUAAUUUUAUAUUUAAAAGUACCUUGUAAUUCUACGAACAAUUUGUCUUUAUUGGAUUAAUAAAACAAAAAAUAAUAAUAAUAAUAAAAAAACGUGUUCGUAGUAUAAUCAAACAUAUUUAUGCGAUAUGCUUUACGAUGAUCUCACGUGGAAGAUGUUGUGGAAUACAUUUAUUGCUUAUAUGAAACCCACGGAACACGAACGUGUCUUUCACGACACUGCUGAAGAACAAUCUCAUAUCUAUACAGCUAUUGAAACUCUAUCGCCGAUAUAGAUAACGUCCCUGUACUAUAGGUCGCUCCUAAUAUUCUCAUAGUAAAAUAUUUGUUUUUGUAUUUCUUUAUAAUUAAAGAAAACGAAAAAUAUUAUAA